GUUCAGUCUUAGCGCCCCUACGAUUUUUCACGACUUCGGGAAAUGUUUAAAGGCUGUAGUGACAGCAUGUCUUCCCUAUUUGCGUUUGCUUUUGGUGUUGGGAAGUGAGGAUGUGGUACGGGGGCAUGACAAAAAUAAAAUCCCGCAGAAAAUGCAUUUAACGUCCCUGUCAGGGAACCGCUCUGCGCCCGGCGGCGCGCGCCUCCAGCCCCGCCCGCAGGCCAGCCGGGUUCCUCCUGCAGUCCCACAGUCAGCCACAAGGAGGUGACAGCGGCCACAGGAGCCGAGGCGGCCUCCCCGGCGGCGGAGGGGCGGAAGCGGAAGAGGCGGGACGCGGGCAGCACGCUACGUCCGUACGUGCUGGCGUCAAGGCCGGCUCUCGCGACGUGAAGCCGGAGCCCAGCUGCAGGCGCGUUGGAGGUGUAGAGCGUCCCUGCGGCGUGGUGAAGUGCUGGCUCCAUGGCGGAGAUAAUUCAGGAACGCAUAGAAGAUCGUAUUCCCGAGUUGGAGCAGCUGGAACGCGUUGGGCUGUUCAGUCACGCGGAGAUAAAGGCUAUCAUUAAGAAGGCUUCUGAUCUGGAAUAUAAAAUACAGCGAAGAACCCUUUUCAAGGAGGACUUUAUCAAUUAUGUUCAAUAUGAAAUAAAUCUAUUGGAGCUCAUCCAGAGAAGAAGAACACGCAUUAAAUACUCAUUUAAGAGGGAUGAAAUAGAGAAUUCUAUUGUACACCGGGUACAAGGAGUCUUCCGACGCGCUUCAGCGAAGUGGAAAGAUGAUGUCCAGCUUUGGCUGUCCUAUGUCGUUUUCUGUAAAAAAUGGGCUGCCAAAGAGCAACUGAGCAAGGUGUUCUCUGCCAUGUUGGCCAUUCAUUCAAACAAGCCAGCUUUGUGGAUUAUGGCAGCCAAGUGGGAAAUGGAAGACCGUUUAUCUUCAGAAAGUGCAAGACAGCUAUUUCUUCGGGCUCUACGUUUUCAUCCAGAGUGCCCGAAACUUUAUCAAGAAUACUUUAGGAUGGAGUUAAUGCAUGCUGAGAAACUGAGGAAAGAAAAGCAAGAACUUGAAAAAGCUGACAUGGAUGAUCUGAGGAAUCUUGAUUAUCCUCAAGAAAUCCUUAAGGGCGAGUUGGCACGGAUCAUCUACAAAAAUUCUGUAAGCAUAAUUAAAGGUGCAGAAUUUCAUGUGUCAUUACUUUCAAUUGCACAGCUAUUUGACUUUGCCAAAGACCUACAAAAAGAAAUUUAUGAUGACCUUCAGACUCUACACACAGAUGACCCUCUCACUUGGGAUUAUGUGGCACGGCGAGAAUUAGAGAUCGCGUCAAAACCAGGAGAAGAGCAACCUACAACGAAGUCAGCCAAAGCGCUGGAGGUGUGCCGGCGGGAAGACAGGUGCAGUGCAGUGUAUGAGGAGGCCGUGAAGACUUUGCCUACGGGGCCCAUGUGGAAGUGUUACAUCAACUUUUGCUUGGAAAGAUUUUCUAAGAAGACAAACAGUGAAUUUCUCAGAGGGAAGAGGCUGGAAAGAACCAUGAUUGCGUUCAGGAAGGCACAUGGACUGAAGCUGCUGUCAGAAUCCCAGUACAAGCAGUGGGCUUGUGUGCCAUUGUGGAUAUCUUGGGCAGAGUGGACUGAAGGUGCCAAAAGUCAAGAGGACACUGAAGCAGUCUUUAAGAAAGCUGUCUUAGCUGUCAUGGGUCCUGACUCAGUAACUCUGAAGGACAAGUAUCUGGAUUGGGCUUAUCGAAGUGGUGGAUACAAAAAGGCCAGAGCUGUGUUUAAAAGUUUGCAGGAAAGCCGUCCAUUUUCAGUCGAUUUUUUCAGGAAAAUGAUCCAGUUUGAAAAGGAGCAAGAAUCCUGCAAGAUGGCAAAUUUAAGAGAGUUUUAUGAAAGGGCUUUGAGAGAGUUUGGAUCUACAGAUUCCGAUCUUUGGAUGGAUUACAUCAAAGAGGAGCUGAACCACCCACUUGGCAGACCUGAGAACUGUGGACAGAUCUAUUGGCGAGCCAUGAAAAUGCUGCAGGGAGAGUCAGCAGAGGUGUUUGUGGCUAAGCACGCCAUGCACCAGGCUGGCCAUCAGUGACAAGGAAGGACACAGCCAAUGCUGUGAUGUUGCAUUGCAGGCUCUGUGGGCAGACUGUAUUAUGAGUCAGUCCGUAACUUAUUCAGAAUGGUAGAAAGGAUGUCUGCUUGAUCUUGAGACAUACUUCAAUUUUUUAUUAAUUUGUUAAUGUUUAACUCCAGAAAAAAGAACUACUGAUUUCAUAUCUAUUUGUUGAGCCCAGACCCACCAUGGGCCCUCAAUGUUCUCUCUGCCUUAUGGAAAUCCUACAACUGAGUUUAAUUUAUUAUCUCAGGUCCAGCGUAUAUAUCUCUAAUUCAGAUCUAGGAGUCCGUUAAAAUGGAGGAGAAAGUACAGUUUUGCUAGUUUAUUGUUUACUCUUAUCUUACUUUAAAAGUAUACAUGAUUUGAGUUUGUUCUAGAAAAUAUGGAGGGAAAAGGACAGUAUGAAGAAAAUGAAAGCAUCCUGUAACCCAUCUAGAGAUUACUCAGGAAUUUGAUCAGAAUCAGAUAUAUACAAUCACAUCAUUGACUCAUUUAUUCGUUCAAGAAAUAUUUGCAUGCCCGUCAUGUGCAGUAAAGAAAGGGAGGAUUUGGGGGGUGGAGAGUGGGGGUUGGAAAAGGACUGUGCUUAUGAGCUAGGUGAAGCAGCAGAGAAGGAGGUGCUGGGUAUUGGGGAAAGUGGCUGUUGAAGAAGGUUGAGAUAGACAGUGUUUAAAAUCUCUGAACUGAGGAGCAGAGGAGGCACAGCAACAAAACCAGGGCAAGGGCAGAGAGGCAGAGAAGGGCCUGUGCAGGGAGGCAUGGGAGGACAGCUUGGUGAAGGGGAUUGUUUGAGGUACUGCCUUUUAACUUAACAUCUGACAUCACCAAGAGAAGCAUUCAGUGAGGUUUUACCUCAUUCUCUGUUUCACUUAAUACUGUGUUAUAGCCCCAGGUCAUUAAAUAGCUUUAAAUACAUUCAAUGUGUUCAUAACACUGUAUUGGAAAAAUGAGCCAGGACUGAACUUUGCUGAUCCCCUUGUCAUUUUUGAUGACGAUUUUUGUCAGUCUUUGUAUGCCUGGUUAUUUCCUUACGAGAUUGACAGCUGCCAGUGGAAUACUGGAUUGGAGGAUGUAACUUUUAGAGCCUAUUGUUAAGAAUUGCCACUUUGCUCCUUCUUUCAAGCAGCGUAUGAAUAAAGUGGCAACACCCUGGCGUCUAUUGGAUAUUGAAAAACAUUUUGUCUUUUUCCCAUUUUAAUAGGUGAAAAGUGAUAUGUCAUUGAUUUAACAUGCAAUUCUUUGAUAUUAGUGUUUUUUUUGUGUCUUCUUACCUUUACACAUUUUUAGAUUUUUUAAAACUUUUCUUGCUAAUUUAUGAGAUUUUUUAUAUAUUAAAAUGUUAAUCUUUUGUAUCUCAUUUGUUGUAAAUAAUUUUUACUUCUAGCUUUA